UGAUUGCAUUUUGCAGUAUUGGAACCAUGGUGCAGCACUACAACCUUGCAAGUGCCCCAUGUGCUCUAAGCUGAUUACUAGGUUGAUACCUGAGGCAUCAUUUGACCACCGCCAUGAUGUUGAGGUUCUGGAAAAUGUUCGGAAGUAUAACCGUAUUUUUGUUGGAGGCAUACCUGGCCUGAUUAUGAAAAUGCGUGAGUUGCCAUUGCUUAUCAAGAGAAUAUUUCGUGAGAUGAUGGAUCCUGAUGCGGCUGAUAAUCACCUUUUUAAAGUGCGGCUUUUUGCAAUAUUGCUGGGUGCCCUCUAUACUGUUAGCCCUGUAGACUUCCUUCCAACAGGUCGUAUGGAUGCCAUAAACUUUUUUGAUAACAUUUCCAUUGCUCUGGUUCUCAUCCUGUAUAUAGUUGGCCUCUGCCGCAGACGACAACAAUUGCGACGCGUGAGGCAGUUGGCUGCCGAUGCCCAACCUGACGGGACUUGAAUAUCCAAUACAAUUGUGACACAAUUUCCCCUCAGAAUUCAAAGAGGAUUGUGAUCACGCCCAGACUGAUGAGAUUGUAAGUUGCACCCAUUGUAUAUUUGUUUUCUGUAAAAUUCACCCAAAAUCAAUUCUACGACACGCCACGUGACUGGCAAUUUGAGAGUCGUUUAGUCAUACCCGAUUAUCUGAAACAAUUGAAUCAGUUGUGUUCAAACGUGGAUGAUGCUGUGUGUUUGUAGUAGUUUCCUGAAUUCAGUAAAACAUCCAUCGGUCGAUGUUUUUUUUUCUUUUUUUCCUUCUUUUGAUGAAAUGGGAGGCAAAGAGCAGUCUAAUGUAAUUUUUGUAAAGGGAAUGUCUUUGCUGAGUGUUAAUAAGUAUAUAUCAUUGUUGGUAUUAUAUAUUUUAUGUUGCCUUUUGACAACUUGUUUCA